AUGCACGGCCUCUUGCUUGCCGCCGGGCUUAUCAGCCUGCCUCUCCAUGUGCUCGCACACCCCCAGCCGUCGAGCACAAGCCUCGCUGGCCGAGCUGUUGACUUGAACGAGUACCGUAUUGGCCACCGAUCCAGCUACACCAGCAAUGAUGAGAUGAUGAAGCAGCCCAGCAUUGCCUCUUUCCGCGCUGGCACCUAUGUCGAGGUGGCUACCGAGAUGGUCAAGCAGACCAUGCCAAACAUGGAGUUCCGCCUCGUUGACGACCACUACAUUGGCCAGUCCGGUAUUGGCCAUGUUCGCUUCCGUCAGACCAUGCACGGCAUUGAUAUCGACAACUCCGACUUCAACGUGAACGCUUAUGACAACUUCUACCAGAUUGGUCAAGACGGCAAAGUCCUUUCUCAUGGAAACUCUUUCUACACCGGGCCGGCUCCCGAAUCCAGCCCAGUGCAGAAGCGAGAUUUCUCUGACCCAAUGCAGGCUCUCCACGGAGUCCGCAAGGCUCUUAACCUCCCAAUCAAGGCCGAGGGUGCCACCGUUGAAAACAUGAGCGAGCAUAAGGUCAUGUUCAAGGGUACCUCUGGUGCUCUUUCUGAUCCUACUGCCAAACUCUGCUACAUGGCUAAGGAAGACGGCUCUUUGGCCUUGACCUGGAGAGUUGAAACCGAUAUUGGUGACAACUGGCUUCUCUCGUACAUGGACGCAAAGGAUACCGGAAAGGUCCACAAUGUCGUUGACUACGUUGCUCACGCUACCUUCCAGGUCUACAAAUGGGGCCUUGCCGACCCUACUGAGGGCAACCGCGAAAUUCUCACCAACCCCUGGAACCUGCAGACAUCCCCCCUGACCUGGCUUGCCGAUGGACAGAACAACUUCACUGCCACCCGAGGCAACAACGCCAUUGCUCAGUACAACCCAGAUGGCGGUAAUGACUAUGAGAACAACUACCGACCAAGCCCCAAGAACUUGAAGUUUGAGUACCCAUACUCAGCAAACAUGGACCCACCCAAGACCUACAUCGAUGCCUCUGUCACCCAGUUAUUCUACACCUCCAAUGUCUGCCAUGACCUGUACUACAUGCUCGGCUUCAACGAGAAAGCAGGAAACUUCCAGGUCAACAACCGUGGCCAGGGUGGUAAGGGAAAUGACUACGUUAUCUUGAACGCUCAGGACGGUUCCGGCACCAACAACGCCAACUUUGCUACUCCCCCAGAUGGCCAACCCGGCCGCAUGCGUGCCUACAUCUGGACCAGAGCCAACCCACCUCGUGAUGCUUCCUUCGAGGCUGGUACCAUUAUCCACGAAUAUACCCACGGUCUCUCCAACCGUCUCUGCGGUGGCCCUGCCAACUCCCGAUGCCUGAAUGCCAUUGAAUCCGGUGGUAUGGGAGAAGGAUGGGGUGACUUCUACGCAACCGCUGUCCGUCUAAAGCCCAAGGACACCCGCAAGACCAACUACGUUAAGGGAGGAUGGGUAAACAACAGCCCCAAGGGUGUUCGAAUGUACCCAUACUCCACUGAUAUGAGCGUCAACCCUCUCGUAUACACCUCCAACAACCAGCUGAACGAGGUCCAUGCCAUCGGUACCGUCUGGGCGACUAUGCUCUACGAACUCCUCUGGAACCUGAUUGAUAAGCACGGCAAGAAUGACGGCCCAGUCCCCAUUUUCAAGAACGGCAUUCCAAGCGACGGCAACCAACCCUGCAACCCCAACUUCGUUCAGGCCCGUGACGCCAUCCUCGACGCCGACAAGAACCUCACCAAGGCAUCCAACAAGUGUGAGAUCUGGAAGGCAUUCGCCAAGCGCGGACUCGGUGUUGGUGCCAAGUUCGAUCCAAAGAACCGCAUUGGCAGCAACGAGGUUCCAAAGGAGUGCAAGUAG